AUGUUCUUGGGUGUUAUCUUAUUGGAGAUUCCAUCAAAUAUGGUCUUACACAAAAUAGGUCCCCGCCGAUGGAUAAGCGUGCAAGUCUUCAUUUUUGGGCUUGUUGCCUGUUUGCAGGUUUUUGUGCGCAAUAAAGCGGGUUUUCUCGUUACGAGAUCUAUAUUGGGCCUUGCAGAAGCCGGAUACAUUCCAGGUGCAAUGUAUACACUUUCGACGUGGUAUAGCACCACUGAAUUGACAAAGAGAAUUGCUGUCUUCUUCUUCGGGAUGUUUGGCGGAACUGCUAUCUCCCCAUUACUCGGCGCUGCUCUGCUGAAACUCGAGGGGAAGGGGGGCCUUUUCGGUUGGCAAUGGAUAUUUCUGGUGGAAGGUCUCUUUGCGAUUGUGGUUUCUAUUGCUUUAUUCUAUGGUCUACCCGAAAAAGAAGAAGAGUGUGCAAUUUUGAAAGACCAAGAGUCCGGACAAGCAAGUAUACCUUCGGCAAGCCACCGCCGCCCUCGCAUAUCUCCCCAACUGGUAUGGGAGACGUUGACCAACUUCCAAAAAUGGCCUCAUUUCAUCGCCACCGGAUGUGUCUUCUCCACAUGGAGCCCACUUACCACAUACACGCCCAGUAUCAUGAUGGAUCUCGGUUUCACGCCAAUCAAAGCAAAUGCCCUGGCUGCAAUAGGAAGUCUGCUCACCCUUCCCGUAAUCUUCUGCUUUGCUUGGAUGAGCGAUGUGUCCCAGAAGAGAGGCCUUGUUGUCUUAAUUGCCAUCUCGGUGUAUCUGGUUGCUUUGGUGAUCCUUAGGGCUGUCCAAGCCCAUGCAAGCGUGGGCGGUAAGGUAGCACUAUGGACUUUCGUCAAUGCCUUUGCUGUUGGAUAUCACCCGAUUCACAAUGCCUGGAUUCAAAUCAAUUGCAAGUCACCCGAAGAGAGAAGUAUAAGUGUUGCCAUGUUUGUCAUGGCUGCUACGGCUGGUUUGAUGGCAGGAACCCAAAUCUUCCGUGGUAACGAAUCCAGCUCGCUAUAUCCUCGGGGAUUGAUCAUAAUGAUCGCUUUGGUAUUUGUGGGACAACUACUCGUGGCGCUACAGAUCAUGCUCUUUCGCAGUCAUAACCGGCGUUACAGAAUUCAAGGUUCAGGAAGCUUGGGGUCUAUAUACCAUUUGUGA